AUGGCCGCCCCCGAACACAAGAUGAAGUAUCGCUACCUUGGCAACUCGGGUUUGCUGGUGUCGCGCCUGUCGUUCGGUAGCUGGGUGACUUUCAAUACGCAGCUCGACUUUGAAAAGGCUUACAGCAUCAUGGAGCAUGCCUACAAGCAAGGCAUUAACUUUUUCGACAACGCCGAGACGUACGCUAACGGUCAGUCGGAAACGAUCAUGGGCAAGGUGGUGAAAGCCGGUGUCGAGCGUAAGCUCUGGUCGCGUGAGGACCUUGUGAUCAGCACCAAGCUCUUUUUCGGAUACAAGGGCGGCCCCAACGACAUGGGCAACAGUCGCAAGCACCUUGUCGAAGGCAUGAAGGCGUCGCUGAAGCGCUUCGGUAUGGACUACGUUGACCUGGUCUUCUGUCACCGCCCGGACCCCUUCACGCCCAUGGAGGAAACUGUGCGUGCCAUGAACUUUCUUAUUGAGCAGGGCUGGGCCUUCUAUUGGGGCACUAGCGAGUGGCGUGCCCAGGAUAUCAUCGAGGCCUGCGAGAUCGCCGAUCGACUCGGUCUGAUCCGCCCCAUUUUUGAGCAGCCGCAGUACAACAUCUUGAAGCGCUCGCGUGUUGAGUUCAACUUUGAUAUACUGUACAAGAAGUACAACUACGGUCUCACUACGUGGUCACCGCUGGCGUCAGGCAUCCUUACAGGCAAGUAUAGCAAGGGCAUCCCGGAGGGAUCGCGUUUGUCGAUGCCGGCAUACAAGAGCAUGCUGUCGAAUGGUUUAAAGGAGAAGGCUGCUAAGGCUGACAAGCUCGCUGAGGUGGCCAAGGAGGUGGGCUGCUCGUUAGCGCAGCUGUCGAUUGCCUGGGUGGCGGCCAACCCACACGUGUCCACGGUAAUUCUUGGUGCUACCAGUAUCGAGCAGCUGGAUGAGAACCUGAAAGCGAUGGAGUUUGUGGACAAGAUCACGCCAGAGAUUCGCGAGAAGAUUGACGCUAUUGCCGACGUCCGGCCUAAGCUUGACCUUCCAAUUGAGCCUUACGUGAUCAAACUGCGCCAGAAGUGGCUAUAA